UUUUUUGUUUGUUUGUUUCUAUAGAUGCCUUUGGAGGUCAGAUAGAAGUUUUAGACAACUUGUUUGUGGAUUUGGAAGAAGUUUGCGAACAGCUGGACUUGGAAAGAAGAAAAACUGCUCAAGGCCUGAAGCUUAACAUGCUUAGACAUAACAGAGAGGAUGACUUAGAUGCCUUGAAAGAGGAACUUCAAUCAGCAAGAGAAAGAAAUGAUGUCAAACUUCAGCAACUGGAGAGACAGGCCUCUAUAGAGAAACAACAAGUGUAUGAAGAUGCAUUUCUUGAACAAAUGAACUACUACAUACAACAUGGCAAGACAGAAGAGCCAAUAAGCUUACUUCAUGGUCGAAGCAGUGGAUCAUUGGAUGAUAUCAUGCUGGAGGAUGACACAGACCUGCACAAGGAACUGGAUGAUUUUUUUGGCCCCGAAGCUGAGCCCAGUGGAGAGCUUUCUGGAGUGGAUAAAGAACAAAGUAAUAUAAUCUUAUCUUCUGAGGAUGAAGAACUGUUAAACCAGAAGUUAGCCAGUGAAAGUACAGAGUCAACAGUGCAGGAUGUUGGAGAAAAAGAGAAAACAGAUACAGUUGAGGAAAAUGAUGUUAAUGAACAGCUUUAAGAGGAGUGUGCCAAACAUUGUGUUGUUCAUGCUGACCAACUGCGUGCUGGUAAAAGAUUUACAAGAAAUUAUCAACAAACAUGAA